AUGCAGCUUCUUUCUGUCACCUUUUUUCUUGCUUCUAUAUUCCUUGCAUCGGCUGUGGAUAGGCAAUAUAUUAGUGCUAAUGGCACCUUUGCAAACCGAAGAGAUUAUGACUCAAUAUCAGUUAAAAAUGGAGGACAAUGGGGGGUUUGGACCUGGAUUGAUAAGUGUCCACCAGGAUCGUAUGCAAUUGGAUUUAGCAUAAGGGUGGAAGAAUAUAGAGGAGCUAGUGAUGACACUUCACUCAAUGGAAUCCGAUUAUUCUGUUCAACUGAGCAAACCAGCAAUAUUAUGUAUACUGUUGAAUCCGAACCUGGAGAAUACGGACACUGGUCAGGAAUUAGAUGGUGUCCACGAAAUGGUAUUUUACGUUCUUUUCAGCUGAAAGUUGAACCAGAGCAAGGAGCUGGAGAUGACACAGCAGUAAACAACAUUCGAUUCCGUUGCAGCAAUGGUCUUCAGAUUGAAGAAGCUGGUGGUCCAUUUGGUGAAUACAGUGAGUGGAGUACACCUUGUGAGAGAGGAGGAAUUUGUGGCCUUCAAACUAAGCAGGAGCACUACCAGGGCUUUUUUAUAGAUGAUACAGCCUUAAAUGAUGUUCGCUUCUUUUGCUGUGAAUAA